CCUCGAGGCCGUGAAAAGUCGCUGCCUGUCUAGUAUAAAAUCGAAAGAGGCCUUUUGUUUCUGCUUUUACGCCGUUAAUCUUGGUUCAUUUCCUCAGUAGACCUCUACUGAGAAACGACUUGAGAGCUUUUGCCAUUGAACCCCUGCCACUAUAACAAUUCAAUGAGGCCCCCAUAAUAGUGUGAUCCCAACCUCACCCUAAAGAUGGAUGCACCUGAGCAAGAUCGGGAUGUUGUCGUCCAGAAAUACUCGGCAGACCUAGUCGUUGAUUUUGAUCGCUCUCUGAUACCGUUCCUGAAGAAGCCCAACGGCCAACUUCGGAGACGGGUGCGUAUGAGGGAAACGGCAAGAUUGAUGUCACAUGUUCUGGAACCGUUCCAAGAGCUACCACAGCUGCUUGAUCCGCAUCUGCCCAAGUGGUUACCGACUUUAGCGGAGGCAUACUUGGGGUGCUUACAAGACCAUCGUAAACAUAGAUCGCUAUCUAUGCGGUCUCAACUUCUACUUCCGCUAUCUGAUGCAAUAUGCAAGCUUCUUUAUACCUUUUGCAAAAUUCGAGGGGAGAAAGUCAUCGUCAGAUUCUUAAAUGUAGAGACGAGAUAUCUAGAGCUUCUCCUGCUUGCCAUCGAAGAAUCAGAGCGUAAUGCUGAUUCAGCUACUUCAUGGACCUGGCAUGAAAGAUAUAUUGUCCUACUAUGGUUAUCCCAACUGUUCUUCGCACCCUUUGAUCUCUCGACUAUAUCAUCUGGUGACGCCGAAGAUCUCGAUCGGUUCACCGUCCCCGGAUUCGAGUGGCCGUCCCAAGUUCCUGGUAUCGCGUUAAGGGUUAUUCCCCUGGCGGUUAAGUAUAUUGCAUCGCCUGGCAAGGAGAGGGACGGAGCGAAAGCUCUCCUUGUCCGCGUCGCGAUGCGGAAAGACAUGCAGGAACUAGGCAUACUUAACGCUUUAAUAAAAUGGGCUCUGUCAACCUUGAAACCGUCGGGGGAUGCUCCAGCUGAGUCCCCUUAUUAUUACAUUGGCACCAUAUCAUUCUUAGCUGGGGUCCUUCGUGCCGCCGCAGAUACGUCUAUCAUGGAUUCGCAUCUUUCUGCUAUUUUCAGUACCACACAAGCCAUCGCCGCAGGAGAGAACCCCGUUUUCGAUGUCAUUAACGGUUCUGCGCUAGCUCGGAAAAUGCUCAUUAAAGUGACACGCUCGGUCGUCACUCUGGUCUUGCGGAAAUCACAACAAACUGAUGCUGAUACUGAAUUAGUAGAAACUUCUAUCGGAUAUCUACUUGAAAGAUUAGCAGAUAAUGAUACACCGGUACGCUUUGCCGCCAGCAAAGCUCUUAGCAUUGUUACACUUAAACUCGAGCCCGACAUGGCCUCGCAAGUUAUUGAAGCCGUUUUAGAAUCGCUCAACCGAAACGUGCUCUGGGUCAAAAACAAGGCGAACCCAUCUGCUCCCCCUACACGCGAUAUUGCAUCCGUCGAUCCACUCGAGUGGCAUGGGUUGAUGCUCACUCUCUCCCACCUUCUAUACCGAAGGUCACCGCCCGCCGACAACCUAUCCGAUAUUAUUCACGCCCUAUUAAUGGGACUUUCUUUCGAGAAGCGAAGUCCAUCAGGGGGGUCAGUCGGCACCAACGUCAGAGACGCAGCUUGCUUUGGCAUAUGGGCACUGGCUCGUCGUUACAACACGUCUGAGCUGCUUCAAGUACAGACACAAUCCGUGUUAGUUGCUAGAGGGCACGAUCCCACUGCAUCGAUACUACAAGUAAUUGCCACUGAAUUAGUAGUGACCGCUUCACUGGACCCCGCCGGGAAUAUUCGACGUGGUGCAUCUGCCGCUCUCCAGGAACUAAUCGGUCGUCAUCCUGACAUUAUAGAGAAGGGUAUUUCUGUAGUACAGGUAGUCGACUAUCAUGCAGUCGCACUCCGCUCCAGAGCGAUACAUGAAGUCGCCUUGCAGGCAACUAAGUUAUCGCCACAUUAUGGGCGCGGGUUAUUGGAAGCGACUCUUGGGUGGCGAGGUAUUGGAGAUAUGGACGCCGACGCUCGGAGAGUAGCAGCCGCUUCCUUUGGCGCCCUUAUAGCAGAACUAGUUGGCGUCGAAAUGUCUGACCCCUUGGACUAUUUUAAGGACUCCGUUAACUUGCUUCUGUCUCGGCUUGAAGCUCUUCAAGUAAGGCAAAUAGAAGAACGGCAUGGACUCCUAUUGAGCCUUGCGGCUGUCUUCGACCUCCUUCCGCAACUUCUUGUGGACAGGAAACCCGAAUCCCUCCAAAACGUACCGGCAACUGAGAUUUGCAUCGCUUUAAGAAAGAUUCUACAAGAUUUCAACAAUACCAAGUAUAGAAAACCAGAAUUGAUCGCAGAGGCUGCUGGUCGACUUGUGGUAUCAUCAACUCCAGUCCUCCUGUUAAGCAUUGCACGGAGCGGGUUUCUAGACCCUCAAAAUACAAGUUUGCUGUCAGGUCCCGCUAUUGUGGAAGAAGACAAUUCUGCAUCUUUGAGUUCGAUUGUGGAUUUAUUAGAUACGCUACACCACGAUCGCCCGCGAUAUGUCGUCGAGUUAUUAGAAACUUUGCAAGAUAUUCUGAAUAAUUGGCUUGACAGAAAUGAUAUCGAAGUAGUCAAGACUUCAUCGAAGGCUGCUCUAGUUCUACUUCUUUUCGCUACCCGCGAGCGCCGUGCUCAAAUAAUCGAGGAAUGGUCUAAUAAAGUACGCCGUCCGCAAGCACCACGUACCAAGCAUGGAGAUGGCUUCUUCCAUGCGCUUACCUGCGCGUACCAACUUCGACAGAAUCAGCAUGAUCUAUCAGAAGGUAUUCUAGCAAGUAAAGUGCUUGCAGAACGAUGGGCACAAGAUAACGAUAUCGAGAAUCACGUCUCGAUUCUGCAAAGUUUAGUUGGUAGAGCCAUGCUUCGAGAUAGACCAUUGGACUUCCUUACGAUCGUCUCAGGAGGCCUAGAUGACUACACGACGAACGCGCGCGGCGAUAUUGGCUCCCAUGUUCGGUUGGAAGCGAUCAAGGCAACAAAGACUUUGUGGGGCGCGAAGAGAGAUGAUGAACAGGUCAUCUCAACCCUCUUCCCACGCAUACUUCGUUUAGCAGCCGAGAAGUUAGAUCGAGUUCGUACCGAAGCGCAGUCAGCAUUGACUCUAAUUUUACAUCCGAGGUAUGCCCAGAGCUUCAGCAAGUUAUCCUUCUCCUCGAAAGACUAUUUCAAUUUUCUACUUCGCCUCUGCGAUAAAGAGCGAUUAGAUCAAGUCGUGGCGCAAUAUUGGACACUCAGCGCAGAUGACUGCAUAUCCAUUCUUCUAGCCGGCCUAGUAACUUCGGCUGACACGGGGAACGAAGACUUGGUCAUAGUCAGUAGAGCCGCACUCGCCGACUUUUGUGGAGAGUCAACAGAAAAUCGGAAGCAGGCAUGUACCGCUCUCCUUCGCAAUCUUAAGCAGUAUCAAGGCCAGGACCGGGUUAUCAUACCUACGUUGGAAGUCGUGGCGUAUUUGUUUCACGUCGGCGUCCUGCAACAGUGUGCCGAGAUAAACCUACGGCAGCUCUGCGUCCUCGUGCAGAAGGCGGCGUACAAGACCGGCAACGUGCGCAAGCUCGAGGCCUGCAUCAAGGUCUACGGCGCCAUCGCGGCCGUAGGCGCGGGUGACGACGUGCCGGGUAUAUCGUCGGAGCUAGCGACAAAAAGACGCGAGGGCGUGCUCGAGGCGAGAAAGAGGCUUGGCGUCCUUUUAGUUCACCCCUGGCCUAAGACGAGAUGCUUGGUCGUCGAUGAACUCUGGGGCUUGGUAGAUGAUGGUAACGACGGAGAUACGAAACGCGCGAAGCUUCUCUCUGUCGAUUGGGGUAAAGCCGAGAAGGCAUACGUAAAGAAUAUAGCGGGAGAGCUUGGACUAGAAUAAGGAGUACCUGGGUACCUAUCAGCUACGCCAGGAACAUGUCGUAUACUUGCAGGUAAUAUUUCUACAUCUAUAUUAUACGGCACUGGCCAUCAGCGAGACUUAAAAGGGAAUCGCAUUGC